GACAUUGUCAGCGUCUCCAGCCAACUUGGAAUGAUUUGGGAGAUAAAUACAACAAUAUGGAUAACCCACAGGUCUAUGUUGCUAAAGUGGAUUGUACUACAGAUGCUCCACUCUGCUCUGAAUUUGGAGUCCGAGGGUACCCUACCCUAAAGCUUCUUAAACCAGGACAAGAACCUCUGAAAUACCAAGGCCCUAGGGACUUCCAGGCACUGGAAAAUUGGAUGUUGGAGAAACUAAAUGAGGAACCAUCUGAUCCAGAAUCUGAUGUGGAACCACCAAAAGCCCCUGAACCUAAGCAGGGAAUGUAUGAACUCUCAGCAGACAAUUUCAAGAUGCACAUAGCAGAAGGUAAUCACUUUAUCAAAUUCUUUGCCCCUUGGUGUGGUCAUUGCAAGGCUUUGGCCCCAACCUGGGAACAGCUGGCUCAAGCCUUUGAACAUUCAGAAACUGUCAAGAUUGGCAAGGUUGACUGUACCCAGCAUUCUGAAGUCUGCUCUGAGACUCAAGUUCGUGGCUAUCCCACACUCCUCUGGUUUAGGAAUGGUGAGAAGGGUGACCAGUAUAAAGGGAAGAGGGACUUUGAUUCCUUAAAGGAAUAUGUGGAUUCCCAACUACAGAGCUCUGAGAAAGAGCCACCAGCAGAUAAACCCACCGAAGCCCCACAGCCACCCGAGGAACCCACCCAUGUUGAGGUAAGUGCUGCAGUGCUCUCCCUCUCUGAAAAAGACUUUGAUGCAACCAUUGCUAGGGGGAUCACCUUUAUUAAAUUCUAUGCUCCAUGGUGUGGUCACUGUAAGAACUUGGCUCCAACUUGGGAGAACCUUGCCAAAGAGCAAUUUCCAGGUUUGACUGAUGUCAAAAUAGCAGAAGUAGACUGCACUGUGGAACGUAACGUCUGCAACAGAUUUUCUGUACGUGGUUACCCUACACUUCUGCUUUUCCGAGGUGGAAAGAAAGUCAGUGAACACAAUGGAACGAGAGACCUUGAAUCCCUGCAUAGCUUUGUCUUGCGUCAAGCAAGGGAUGAAUUGUAA